AUGCGCCCUUAAAACGUUGGAAUACAUGGAAUAGAAAUAUAUUUCCCAAAAACAUAUAUAUCUCAAUAAGAGUUAGAAUAAUUCGAUAAAGUUUCUGAAGGAAAAUAUACAAUAGGCUUAGGAUAAUAAAAUAUGGCUUUUGUAGAGCCUUACGAAGAUGUGAAUUCUUUAGCAUUAACAGUUGUUUAAAAUACUCUUGAAAAAUACAACAUAAGUCCAACUUAAAUUGGUCGUUUAGAAGUAGGAACAGAAACUUUGUUAGACAAAUCAAAAUCCACAAAAACAGUUCUGAUGUAAUUAUUUUCGUCUUAUGGAAAUCAUGAUAUAGAAGGAGUAACUACAAUAAAUGCUUGUUAUGGAGGAACAGCAGCUUUAUUCAAUACUUUAGCAUGGGUUGAAUCAAGUGCUUACGAUGGAAAAAAGUAUGGAUUGGUAGUUUGUGUAGAUAUUGCUGUAUAUAAAAAAGGUCCGGCAAGACCAACAGGAGGAGCUGGAGCUAUUUGUAUAUUAAUAGGUCCUAAUGCACCUAUUUAAGUUGAAGAAAUAAGAAGCACAUUUAUUGAUCAUGUUUAUGAUUUUUAUAAGCCAGAUGCUUUUUCUGAAUUUCCUACAGUUGAUGGACAUCUUUCUAUAAAAACAUAUUUAAAUGCAAUAGACAAUAAUUAUAAAAAAAUGAAUGAGAAAUUAAAAGAAAGGCUCAAUAAAAAAUUCUCUUUAAAUGAUUUUUAAUAUGUAUGUUUUCAUGCUCCUUUUGCUAAAAUGGUACAAAAAGCAUUUAGUAGAUUAUAUUUUAAUGAUGUAUUAAGUUAAAAUAAUCCUUAAAUUAAUAUAACCGAAGAAGAAAGAAAUACACUUUUGAAAAAGAAUAUGACAGUAAUGAAGUUUAAAAAUUAAUUAAUAAGCUUGCUUUAAAUGAUUGGAAUAAAAAAGUAAAACCAAGUCUUUUUUUUGGAGAACAAUUAGGAAAUAUUUAUACUGGAUCACUUUAUGCGGGACUUUGCUCACUUCUAGGUAAUGAAAAUAUCCAAAUUUAAAAAGGAGAAAGAGUUUUAAUGUUUUCUUAUGGAUCAGGUUUAGCUUCUUCAUUUUUCGUGCUUAAUUUUAAAUCUGACUACUCAAAAAUGUAAAAUAAAUUGGAUAUGA